AUGGUUGGGGGAAGGAAAAAUGUUGAUGCUGGUGUUGGUUCUGGGCAUACGAGUGAGAUAUAUUUCCCUCACUGGAUUUACAAUCGUCUGAAGAAGGAUGAAAUCUUAUUAGAUGGUUUGACAACUAUAGAGGAAAAUGAUUAUGCUAGAAAAAUGACAAUAGUCGGCUUAUGGUGCAUACAAACUGAUCCGAAACAAAGGCCAUCCAUCAAUGGAGUGAUUGAAAUGUUAGAAGGAAGCAUGGAGUCACUGGAAAUUCCACCAAAACCAUUCUUUUCUUCUCUUCCACGAUCACAAGCCACCAUGUGUAACACAUCAGAGGACGUCAGUAAGGAUAACUGUAGUAUACAAGAAGUAAAAUACUAA